AUGUCCGGAUUUACUCUACCAAUAACAGUUACCGGAGAUUCAUAUAAUGAGUGUAUUAAUUGGCUUGAAGAAGCUAUUGGUAAAAAAUAUAUUAAAUAUUAUGAAUACAACCACUUUAACAAUAUUAAAGAAAUUGGUUCCGGAAGCUUUGGAACUGUCUACCGUGCGAAAUGGAAAAAUUCUCGCAGUUAUAUGGCGUUAAAAUCUUUUUUUAAUUUAAAUAACGUUACAAUUAAAGAAAUUGUUAAUGAGCUUAAACUUCAGCGUGAAGUGGAUUUCCAUGAGAAUAUUAUUCGUUUUUUUGGAGUUACAACACAAAAUCAAAAUGAUAAUUUUAAAAAAUAUUGGUUAGUGAUGGAGUAUGCUAAUAAUGGUACUCUUCAUGAAUAUUUGAAGAAACAUUUUGAUACUAUUACCUGGAAUGAUAAAUUCAACAUAGCACUUCAGUUAGCUCAUGCUGUAUUAUGCCUCCAUGAUGAAGGAAUCGUUCAUCGUGAUCUGCACUCUAAAAACAUAUUAGUCCAUCAAAAUACCAUCAAGUUGGCAGAUUUUGGACUGUCAAAAAGGAUUGAUGAAUCAUAUAGGACGCGAUCAGAUUUACUUGGUGUAGUUCCAUAUAUUGAUCCAAAAAAAUUUAAUAUACAACCAUAUUCUUUAGAUAAAAAAAGUGAUAUUUAUAGUAUUGGUGUACUUAUGUGGGAGAUAUCAAGUGGUCAGCCACCUUUUGAUGAAAUAUCGUCUUAUGGUUUAAUUGUACGAAUUCCACAAGGUCUUAGAGAAACACCUGUUCCCGACACGCCUACUGCUUAUGUUAAUCUUUAUACUGAAUGUUGGGAUGGAGAACCGGAUAAUCGUCCUACUAUCAGCCAAGUAGUUGCUAAGUUAAAAGUAUUAAAUAGUAGUAGUCAAAUUAAUAAUAAUUUUGGUAAAAUUGUUGAUGAGAUAAUUAAUCUUCCUAAUAAGACAGGAGAUGAAGUAGAAAAACAAGAAAUUCUUAAUUAUCUCAAAAAUCAUAAUGUGACUUUAAAAGAAAUUUAUAAUUGGUUAUUAAAUGAUCAAAAUAAUACGAAUUCUAUUGUUCUACUUGGAGAUUUUAAUCUUUUUGGAAUUGAAAUAAUUGAAAUUAAUGUUGAUAAAAAAGAGGCAUUUGAAUUAUAUCAAAAGGCUGCAAAUUUAGGGAAUACAGAUGGAAUAAAUAGUUUGGCAUUUUGUUAUGAAGAUGGAAUUGGAACCGAUAUUGAUAAGAGAAAAGCAUUUGAAUUAUAUCAAAAGGCAGCAGAUUUAGGAAAUGCAACUGGAAUAACUAAUUUAGGACGUUGUUAUCAGUAUGGAAUUGGAACUGAUAUUGAUAAAAGAAAAGCAUUUGAACUUUAUCAACAGGCUUCAUAUUUAGGAAAGACAUCUGGAAUAAAUAAGUUAGGAUAUUGUUAUGAAAGAUAUUGUUAUGAAAAUGGAAUUGGAACCUAUAUUUAUAAGAAAAAUGCAUUUGAAUUAUAUCAAAAGGCGGCAGAUUUAGGAAAUGCAACUGGAAUAAACAAUCUAGGAUAUUGUUAUGAAACUGGAAUAGAUAAUUUAGGAUAUUGCUAUGAAAAUGGAAUUGGAAUCAGAAGGGAUAAGAAAGGGGCACUUGAAUUAUGCCAAAAGGCAUCUAAUUUAGGAGAUAGUAUAGCACAAUAUAACCUUGCUCUAAUGUAUGAAUAUGGGGGAAGAGUUUCUAGGAAUAUAGAUCAAGCGAUUUAUUGGUAUGAAAGAUCUGCUGAACAAGGAGAUCCAAAUACUCAUCAUAAUAAAUUGAAAAAAAGUUUAAAAAGAAAAAGGAAAUAA